GYGUAAGAGAGACUAAAUAGUAAAUAAAGUAUACACCAAAACUAAAUUAUUAUAAAAAUACAUCGAACACUAUUGAGCUCAGUUAAGAAAAGUCAAAUAUCGAUCGACAUGUUUAAAAAUACUGCUUAUUUGUAUAGAUACUCCUUGAUGAGAAAUGCUCAUUUAUUGGGUAUCAAGAACCGCAGUUAUGCUCAAACUGGUGAUUCUAAAAAUCCUUCAGACUCUGAACUAGAUUUGAUGAGGAGCCGUCUCAUAUAUCAAUCUAGAAAAAGAGGAAUAUUAGAAAAUUGUAUAAUCUUUACUACAUUUGCAGACAAAUAUUUAAAAACAUUCAAUUUUGAACAGUUACAAAAGUAUGAUGCAUUGAUAAACAGUAAAUUUGAUGAAUGGGACUUAUAUGCUUGGUCUAUUGGUUCUAAACCGGCACCACAAGAGUUUAAUACUGACAUAUUGGAACUUUUGAAAAAUCACGUACUAAAAAGAUCAUAAUGUAAAGUAGUAUAAAUAUUAUAUAUCAUAAGCAUAAUAUAUUCAUUUGAUAGUAUUUAUAUUGUUGCAUUACAAACAAGUAAAUAAGUUAUUAACUUUGACUAAUACCCAAUACUUACMGACUAUCUUGUUAUUAAAUUAUAAACUACAUACCUUGUUUUAUUCUGUGAAUGAUUACCCGAUAAAAUAUUUAAAAAACGCUAUAUUUUGUAUUAUUGUAAUUAUGUUAUUGUAAUGCAUUGUAGUGCUAAGUAGGUUAUUCUGAUGUAGGUAUCAGGUAAUGGAUUUAGUGCAAUAAAAAGUUUUGAAUAAUAUUUGUACUAUUAUUUWAAAAAAAAGUACUACGUUCCUCAUCACACAUGUCGAAAGUAAAUAUAUCUUUUAUAUUUAAUAUUGUSUAUUAGUUAAUAAACGUUGCAACAGAUUUAAAAGAUGCAUAUUAUGUUUUGAAAAUAUAUUAAAUUAAGUUUCAAAUUGAUUUACUCCUAAAAAAUUAAUGAUAUUUAAAAAAAAAAAGCUAUAAAAAUUAACUACCUAGCUACUAAACUUAAAUAAACGUUACUACAGUCUAUAAUAGUACAAUUGAAAUCAAAAUAAUAAAUUAGUUUUUUUAUUUUUUUAUAAAAAAAAUUGAAUUUGAUUUGAUUUUUAAAUUU